AUGAUCGCCAUGAACAAGACUCAACUGACCAUGUUUGAAUUGGCUGGACUAACUAAUGACAAAAACCUCAUUCCGUUCCUUUUUCUAUUCUUUUUGGCUGUAUAUGUGAUCACCAUAAUGGGUAAUGUUGGGAUGAUGGUUAUUAUCCAAGUGUUUUCUAGUCUUCAUACUCCAAUGUACUAUUUCCUGAAUUACCUCUCUUUGGUGGACCUCUUGUACUCCUCUACCAUAACUCCUAAAAUUUUGGUUGACCUCAUUUCAUCAAAGAAGUCAAUUUCAUUUAUUGGUUGUGCCUUUCAAGUAUACUUCUAUGCUGCUUUGGCAGGUGUUGAAGUUGUACUUCUGUCAAGCAUGGCAUAUGACCGAUAUGCAGCUAUCUGCCACCCUCUCCGCUAUGCUUUAAUAAUGACCAAACCUAAAUGCACUGGACUGGUCCUCCUGUCUUUCGCUGUUGGCUUUUUCCAGUCAGCAGCACAAACCAGCUGUUUAUUUAGUCUCGAGUAUUGUGGGUCUAACUUCAUAGAGCAUUUCUACUGUGAGAUACCUCCAGUACUUAAGUUGUCCUGCUCCGUUUUAGUAGUAUUUGUAUUAUAUUUAUUAGUAGUAGUAGUAGUUGUUGUAUUAUAUUUAUUAAUAUUAUUAUUUGUCUCCUAUACUCUUAUUAUAUCAGCCAUUCUACAGAUGAAAUCCACCAAGGGUCGACAGAAGGCAUUUAGUACAUGCUCCUCCCAUCUAAUGUGUGCUACCAUAUUUUAUGUCACUGUUUUCGUCACCUACUUACACCCCUCUUCUAGCCAUCUUGAGAAACAAAAUAAGGUGGCCUCUGUCUUCUAUGCAGUGGUGACCCCAAUGCUGAAUCCUCUUAUCUAUAGUCUGAGGAACCAGGAGGUGAAGAGGGUUAUAUUGCAAUUACUGCAAAAACAUAAACAUUGA